UUUUUAUGUCCAGCUUUUUUUGUUUUGUCCAGCUUUUUAAAACCCGAUGUCCAGCUUUUUGCGAAUCGGAAUCUGGUACCCCCUUGUGAUAUGCCAACGUUCAGCGGAGAUUUCAAAAGCUGGGCUUCGUUUAGGGAUCUUUUCAAGGCCAUUUAUGGCAAUAAUACCCGUUUAAGUGGAGUUGAAAAACUUUUCCAUCUUAAACAAAAAACAAGCGGCGAAGCCAAAGAAAUAGUAGACAAUGCACCCUUAACAAAUGAUGGCUUUCUUAUUGCGUAGAAUCAAUUAGCUUCUCAGUAUGAGAAUCGUAGGAUGCAAAUUAACGCGCAAUUAAAAACCCUAUUGAAUUUACCCUUAGUAAGCUUUAGAGAAAGAUAAAUUGUUGUAUUGCAAAUCUGAACUCUUUAGACAUAGAUACGGAUCAGUGGGAUCCUAUCUUAGUAUAUUUAUGCACAUCGAAAUUACCCAGAGAAACCCGAAGAGAAUUUGAGAAAUCUCUUCCAGAUUGUGCAGAGAUGCCUUCUUGGACUGACUUAGAUGUAUUUUUGACUAACACAUUUAAGGAACUAACUUCGGUUAAUGAUGUCCAGGACCAUAGUAUUAACCCUACCCACCCUAAACCCAAACAAUUCCAAGAUGUUAGAACACAAUAUUACAGAAAAGGCAAAACAUUUCAUAACGUAACAAAUGAUUCGAAUGGGAAAAACCCAAAAAAUCAACCAAAACCCAUAAAAAACCCACCCACACACAACCCACCCACCCAAAACAAACGUAAAACCGAACAAAAAUUCCUCCCUUCAACCCAAUCAAACAUCCCAAGCACCCAAAUUAAACAUGAUGGUUCUAUUUGCAAGCUUUGCAGCGAAAACCAUACUUUGAGGGAAGGUUCGUCAUUCAAUUCUCUUGGAAUAAACGAGAGAAUUAAGUUUGUAAAGAAACAUGAAAUAUGUUACAAUUGUUUAGCCGUCGGUCAUGUCAUACAAGCUUGUCGCAGUACCUUCAUAUGUAGAUAUUGCGGUGGACGACAUAAUAGUCUAUUGCACCGACCAAAUUCGAGGAUAAACCCACAUAAUGAAGAUAAUCUUCAUCGUCAAAUACAGUUCAGUCUUUCUCAACCCACACCCAAUCAAGCAAAACCACACCCAUAGAUGACAGAACGAAGUUAUUAGGAACAGCUAGAGCGCUUAUUGACCCAGCUUCAGAUUUCUCAUUUAUAACAGAUAAACUAAGAAGAAAGUUACAUUUACCCACUACACCCAUAGUUGCAGAAAUUUCUGGAUUAAAUGAGAUAGUUUCUGCAAGAUCAACUAAACUGUGUCAAGUUUCUCUACGCUCGAAUACCCAUAAUAAUUUCAAAUUGAAUAUCCAAGCAAUUGUAGUGAAAACACUUACAAAAAAUUUACCCACCCAAAGUUUAAACCCAACCCUAAUAAAAGACUUGGAAGAUAUUCAAUUAGCUGACCAAAAGUUCUAUGAAAGCAUACCUAUAGACUUUAUAAUUGGCAGCGAUUUUUACCCUCAAAUAUUGAAAUCUGGAGUACGGAAAGAUCUUCUCAAUACCCUAAUAGCUCAGGAAACUGAGUUUGGCUGGAUUUUAACCGGACCCAUUCAGAACACAAACAAUACUCAACCCUUAGUUUCAUACUUCAGUUCAGUCACGCUUGAUAAAGUUUUGACCAAAUUCUGGGAGAUUGAAGAUAUACCCACCCAACCCAAAGUUUCAGAGGAAAGUUCUUUAUGUGAAGAAACUUUCAUGACCACUACCCGUCGAUUACCGAAUGGCCAUUAUCAAGUUAACCUUCCAUUUAUAUACCCUCCUGUUGAGUUAGGAAACUCUAGACACGUUGCUAUGGCUCAAUUUCUACGAAACAAGAAAAGUUUAAUGAAAAAGCCAGAGCUUAAAAUGGAAUAUGAUAACGUGCUACAAGAGUAUAUCGAAUUAGGUCAUAUGAAACAUAUAAAAUAUAACCCAAACACACCUUCAAAUACCCAUUAUUAUUUACCCCAUCAUGCUGUUGUUAAACUUGAUCGUGUUACGACAAAAGUUCGAGUUGUUUUUAAUGCAUCGAGCAAAACCUCGAACGGCAACAGCCUUAAUGAUACCCUAUACACUGGUCCUACCCUACAACAAGAUUUAGUUGUACUUAUCUUGAAAUGGCGCUUUUAUAAGAUAGUUUAUAAUGCCGACAUUACAAAAAUGUACCGGCAAAUCAUGCUAAACCCUAUCCAUACACCCUUCCAACGAAUAUUAUUCCGUAAAAGCGUCAACGAACCCAUUCAAGAUUAUGAACUGCAAACAGUUACAUUUGGUGUUAACUGUGCGCCAUACUUGGCUAUUAGAACACUACACGAAUUAGCCAAAGACAUUCAAAAUACCCACCCUAUCGCUUCGCAAACGCUGCGAAAUAAUAUGUAUGUAGACGAUGUAUUAGCCGGAGACACACCAUUGAAGAAGCUAAAGAAGGCCAAACCCAACUGAUCGCGGCGCUUGACUCUGCUGGUUUUCCUUUAAGAAAAUGGAUCUCAAAUACGAGGGAAUUGUUGAAAGAUUUACCCGAAGAUCACCUACUUGAUGUGGAUUUACUCAACCAGAAUCGAAUAAUGCCAAAACAUUAGGAAUCCGAUGGAAUGCUAAAGAAGAUACGUUUUUCUUUAAUGUACCCUUAAUUGAAAGAAAAUCAGCAUACACAAAGCGAACUGUGUUAUCAGACAUUGCUCGUCUUUUUGACCCAGCUGGUUGGUUAGCGCCAAUUGUUAUAUCUGCCAAGAUUAUUAUGCAGCAAAUUUGGCAAGAUAAUACAGCUUGGGAUGAAUGUCUUAACCCACUCACCCUUAUAAAAUGGCAAAAGUUUUUGCAGUUCUACGAUAAUAUUAAUAGAAUUCGUAUUCCAAGAUGGAUUAACUUUUCACCUUCAGCAAAAAUUGAGUUUCAUGGUUUUUCAGAUGCUUCUGAAAAAGCAUACUCUGCAUGUCUGUAUGCACGAGUAAAACCCAUAGACGGACCUAAUUCCGUAACCCUACUCUUCGCUAAGACGAGAGUUGCGCCAAUCAAAGUAAUCUCGUUACCAAAACUUGAACUUUGUGGUGCAGUGUUGUUGGCAAAUAUGACACAUAAUUUACUCACCCAACUCAACCUACCCUUACAUCAGACGUAUUUCUGGACCGACUCAUCUAUAGUUUUGGCCUGGCUUAGUAAACACCCUAACUCGUGGAACACAUUUGUAGCAAACCGAGUUUCUACAAUAAUCCAGACUGUCGGCGUUGAAAAUUGGAACCAUGUUGCUUCACACGAUAAUCCUGCCGAUGUUGCUAGCCGAGGAUGUAAUGCUGAUGAGUUAAAAGAUGACACUUUAUGGUAGAAUGGACCAUCGUGGUUGAAAGAAGUCGCGUCGAAGUGGCCAACAACAAAUAAACACUUUAUUACUCAAGCUGAAGCUAAAGUUAGUCAGUCGUUUACUACGACCGUUAAUACCCACCCUUCCUUGGUUAAUACGAAUACUGAAAACCCAGAUAUAUUAUCAAGAUUUUCGAAAUUGUCAAAAGUUCUAAGAGUAAUGACAUAUGUCUAUCGAUUUUGUGAUCGCGCAUCGUAUAAACGGAACAAUACUAUUCGAAAUGAUAGAAUUAUUCUUGAUCAAAAUAACCCAAAACUAGUCAAAGAAAGACUACGUUUAUUAACUACCCACCCAAGUAUUGAACUGGAUGCGUCAGAGAUCAAAUCUACCCGUGAUAGACUAAUUAUUCUUUGUCAGACUGAAUAUUUUAGAAACGAAUAUAACUGCCUGAAGAAAAGAAACCCUAUACCCAAUAAAAGUAACCUGCUCGUCCUAACGCCAUUUUUAGAUUCCGCAAAUAUAAAAGCUAUUCACUUGGAGCCAACAAAGCUAUUCACUUGGAGCCAACAUCUGAUUUGUCUACCCAAGCCUUUAUGGCAGCCUUUGCUCGAUUUUUUUCGAGGCGGGGAUGCCCUGUCGCUAUUUACUCUGACAAUGGGACAAAUUUCAUUGGAGCUAGCAAGCUAUUGAAGAAAGAGCGACAGGAAUUCAUCAAGCAAUUGAAAGGUUCCAUUACAUCCACUAGCAGUUUUCAAAAUUUGACGUGGCAUUUCAUACCCCCAGGAGCACCACAUAUGGGUGGUUUAUGGGAAGCGGGAGUGAAAAGCUUUAAGGCUCAUCUAAAGAAAAUGAAUACCCUGAAGUACACUUUUGAAGAGCUAGCCACACUCCUCGCGAGAAUAGAAGGAUGCCUGAAUUCAAGACCCUUAAGCCCGUCAAGCGAGAACCCACAGGAUCUUAACCCUUUAACUCCAGGACACUUUUUAAUUGGAUCACCCAUUUUAACCCCAGCAGAACCCGAUGUAAGCAAUGAAAAUAUAACCCUGGCAAACAGAUGGCAAAAGUUAAAGAUUCAACAUCAUAACUUUUGUAGAAGAUGGAAAGAUGAAUAUCUUAAAGAGCUCCAUAAGAGAUACAAGUGGAAAAACCCUCAACGUCAAGUUGAAACAGAUGACAUUGUUAUUAUCAGACAGGACAAUUUACCUCCAAACGAAUGGUUACUCGGUCGAGUCAUUAAAACAUACACUGGCUCUGAUGGACAAAACAGAGUAGUCGAUAUACGGACGUCAUCCGGAACGUUAACUCGACCAAUAACAAAAGUUGUCAUUUUACCCACUAGCUAGUUUAACAUUCUAGUAUAACCCAAAUAACAUUAAGUUGUUUACUUACCCUUUUUAACCCAUUUAACACACUUAUCCACUUGUAACUACUAGUCAUCACUAACCCUUCACCCUCACGCUCUAACCCACUAACACAUUCAUUACCCUUCAUUCAUUCACACAUAAUUUCUUUUAUACAGAAUAUGGCACCCAACAACAACAAUCGUAAAGGACGUUCCGACCGCAAUGGAUCUCGACCCAAAACCAACCAACGCAAAAACGAUAAGCGUCAACCAAAACGCCACUUUGGUUGCGGUAUUUGUCAAGCUGAUCACAGCUUAACAAACUGUAAAAAGUUUAAAAAGAUGAACUUGGCGGAGAAGUACAAAACCGCAGUUAAAUUGCACUACUGCGUCAAUUGUCUGGCCAGGAAUCACCUAAUCGGAAAAUGUUCAAAUAGAUCCCGAUGCCAAAAGUGCAAGGGUAAACAUCACACCACCCUGCACGGCCCAGAUCGGAUCCUGAAAGAUUUGCCAAAGGAACAGUCUCCACCGCCCGUAGCAAAAAGGACUAUUGCUCCGAUUCCUGCGCCACGAACUAUUGUGAUGCCAAUUGUAGCAACCAUUUUGCCAACGUCCCGAACCCAAACCAUUGUACCCACGGUUGUAGUUCAGAUUGUGACAGACAAAUCGAAACAACUCGUUAGAGCUGUCUUAAACCCGAGCCUAACGACCUCAAAAAUAGGCGUAGCGUUUGUGCGCGAAUCAACACUAAACCCGUUUAAAGUGGAUGAAAGUGUUUACGUGAAGGUCAUAAUAUCACCUAAUAUGGCCUCCAAAAUACAAUAUGAGGUGUGCAUGCAGGUUUCAAAUGACCUGCCAAGAACCCCUUACGCUCAUGGUUUGGACCCAGCUAUAAAAGGGAAGUUCUGCCGAAUUUCUCUGGUCGACCCAGAAUUUUAUGCCAAUGCACCCGUAGCCAUGGAAAUAGGUGGUGAUUUGUAUACCACCAUUUUACAGCCAAACACGAUCCAUAUUGAUGGCGGCUCACUGAUAGCCCAGGAUUCAACCCUGGGUUGGCUAGUUAUGGGAUCCCUUACCAAUUAAAAAUAUAAUAAAGUUGCCAGGCCCGGGAGGAUGUUCAUUUCAAUGAACAAAACACCCAUCCCUGACGUCAAACAACACCCACCUCUUAACUGCAGCCAACUUCAGCUUAGACACACUAAAGUUAGCUGCAGCUUUAUUAUCGUCACUUCAAAUAUAAUUUUGCAAGUAACAACAAGUGUGUGAGCGCUACAACAAAACAAAUAAAACAACAACCCCUACAACAGACAGUGAAAACUCAAAGUGCCUUUUAAAUAAAUAAAUUAUAAAACCUAAACCUAGUGCUAAAGCUUAAAACUAGUGGUAAAAUAUAUAACUUGUGUUAAAACCCUAAACCUAAGAAUAAAUAUUAAAACCCUAAAAUAAAAUUCUUAACUAUCACAGUGAAUAUCACAGUUAAAAACAUUAAACAAUAUAAUAAAACCCUAAACCUAAAUUAAAACCCUUAAGCCUAAAAAGAAUUGAAAAUAAAAUAAAUACGUUAACAUUAACCUAAAAUUUGUUAAAUAUAUGUA